AGCGGAGCCUGAGGCAGGGACACCCCCACACACCGGCAGCUCACACCCGCCACCCGCGCAGCCAUGGACUCGGACGAGGGCUACAUGUACGAUGAGGACGAGUACAGCGAGGAGAGCGAGCCCGAGGACAACUUCGAGAUCGGCGAGGUGGAGAUGCAGGAGCCCGGCCUGGAGCCCGGGCAGGACGGCGACGGGGUUGGCGGCGGCGUCGGUGGCCUCGGAGGCCUGGGCGGGUUGGGAGGCCUGGGCGCCGAGCAGGAAGAAGAGGAUUACCGCUACGAGGUGCUGAGCGCCGAGCAGAUUGUCCAGCACAUGGUGGAGUGUAUUCGGGAGGUCAACGAGGUCAUCGAGAAUCCAGCUACUAUCACAAGGAUACUUCUCAGUCACUUCAACUGGGAUAAAGAGAAGCUAAUGGAAAGAUAUUUCGAUGGGAACCUGGAGAAACUUUUUGCAGAAUGUCAUGUAGUAAACCCUUAUAAAAAAUCUCGAACACGUCAGAUGAACACAAGAUCCUCCUCACAGGACAUGGUUUGUGCGAUCUGCUACCUGAAUUAUCCUAACUCGUAUUUCACAGGCUUGGAGUGUGGGCACAAAUUCUGUAUGCAGUGCUGGAAUGAAUACUUAACUACAAAGAUCAUAGAGGAAGGUAUGGGGCAGACUAUAUCCUGCCCAGCUCAUGGCUGUGAUAUCCUAGUUGAUGACAACACAGUUAUGCGUUUGAUCACAGAUUCCAAAGUCAAGUUGAAGUACCAGCAUUUAAUAACUAACAGUUUUGUAGAGUGUAAUCGACUGUUAAAAUGGUGCCCUGCCCCUGACUGUCACCACGUUAUUAAAGUUCAAUAUCCUGAUGCAAAGCCAGUUCGUUGUAAAUGUGGGCGGCAGUUCUGCUUCAACUGUGCUGAGAAUUGGCAUGAUCCUGUUAAAUGCAAGUGGUUGAAGAAAUGGAUUAAAAAGUGUGAUGAUGACAGUGAAACCUCCAACUGGAUUGCAGCAAAUACCAAGGAAUGCCCAAAAUGUCAUGUGACCAUUGAAAAGGAUGGCGGAUGUAAUCACAUGGUUUGUCGCAAUCAGAAUUGUAAAGCAGAAUUCUGUUGGGUCUGCCUCGGUCCUUGGGAGCCACACGGAUCUGCCUGGUAUAACUGCAAUCGUUACAAUGAAGAUGACGCAAAGGCAGCAAGGGAUGCCCAGGAGCGCUCUCGAGCAGCUCUCCAGCGGUAUCUCUUCUACUGCAACCGCUACAUGAAUCACAUGCAGAGUCUGCGGUUCGAGCACAAGCUGUAUGCUCAAGUCAAGCAGAAGAUGGAGGAGAUGCAACAACACAACAUGUCUUGGAUUGAGGUGCAAUUCCUGAAAAAAGCUGUGGAUGUCCUCUGCCAGUGCCGCGCCACACUAAUGUACACUUAUGUCUUUGCUUUCUACCUCAGAAAGAACAACCAGUCCAUUAUCUUUGAGAACAAUCAGGCAGACUUGGAGAAUGCAACAGAAGUGCUGUCUGGCUAUCUGGAGAGGGACAUAUCCCAGGACUCCUUGCAGGACAUCAAACAAAAAGUACAAGACAAGUACAGAUACUGUGAGAGCCGGAGGAAGGUGUUGCUACAGCAUGUGCAUGAAGGCUAUGAGAAAGACCUUUGGGAGUAUAUCGAGGACUGAGGCUUGGCUUGCAAUGAACUGUCAACCCGUUAGCAACAGGGUGCUGAUGCAAAUAAAGUGGGCGGUACAGGCCCUUGCAGACACUGCUGGAGUUCUACCCUACUUUUUGUUAAUGGAAAGUUUAAGUAAAUUAUAUUGUAAUAAAAAAAGUAGAUAAAAACCACAAAAUGUACAACAGUAUUGUAAGUGGAUGAAGGGUGUGACACACUAAAAACCCUCCAGCUUUAAUCUGUAAUGUAGCUACAUUCUGAGAGCUGAACCAUAUUCUGUUUCCUUUCAUUUAUUCAUUUUCUCUGUGUGUAGUAAUUGAACUGAAACUGUUUUGACCUGGCUCCUCUUUUCCAGCCAGACAUUAAUUGUAUGUAGAUUCCCUGUUUGUGAAUGUUGAUUGGCUAAUGUUAAGGCAGCGCUCUGGGGGUUAUCUUUGUAUAUGACUUUUAAAAGGAGGACACAGUAUUUUUCAAAUUGUAUAUAGCGCAUAUGCAUGGUUGAGCGAGAGCAAGUGUGGCACGUGUUUGCAUAAUGUUUAAUUACAAAAAAAUAUUUAUUCUUUAAAAACCUUCAAGAAUAUGUAUAUUUGCUGUGCAGUUUCUUUAGGUUUGCUAACCUUUGACCUCAGCGCUGUUAGUGGAAUGUGGAUUGAAUUUUCUGCUUUGUCCUUCCCCUUUUAAAAUGAAAAGCAAGUUUUUACCAUGUAAUUUUCCAUAGUACUAGUUGUAGACUCAAGCUGAGUCCUGGUGCUGUUGGGUUUCCCUAAUGUUCACCUCUUUCCCCCUUUUUCUCAUUGCUUUUCUACCCUGCUACAGCUAACGACAGUCACAUCCAGCUUCGGCAGAAGCCCUCAGUACUUUCUAUGUUCUCUGUUGCUGUAUAAAAAUAAAAAAAUACCCGUAAAAUUGUACAGAUCUCGUCAGACAGUAGGAGUGGUAUAGACGUGUAAUAUUUGGAAGAGAACAGUGUCUAGCCUGUCUCUCCACACACCACCACCGCCCUGGGUGAUGAUGGCUGCUGUCCUCGCUGUGCUCUGCCUGUGUGUUGCUAUCCCAGUGUAAAGAGGUUAGGGUUGAAGGAUCAGUGCUUGGUGGACUGCUAUGUUCCCAAACUGGCAACCAAACCUAAGCUACAAGUAAUGGGUAGUUGUUCCAUUCUACUCUGUAAUUUAAUUAUAUAAAUAUAUAUUUCAAAGAGACUUGUCUGAGAUUAAGAUCUAGCAUUGGAUUCCUUAACCCCACACUCAAUGCUGUGGAACUUUUAUUUUUGUUUCUCCUUUUGUUGCACUGGGACAAUGUGUUGUCAAAUUCUCAAACAAUGAAAGAUUUGUAGCUGUAAUGGAUGAAUCCACGACGAACUUACACAGUUGUAAAGCUUGAAUACUGCAAAGCAUUUACUGACGAUAAAGGUUUAAUUUGGGUAUUCCUUGCGUGACUUCCAGUGCUUGUGAGGUGGGGCUUAUUGUUGAGCAGGGCAAAAGCACAAUGAACAAGCAUGGCACUGUAUGUAUCUCACUGACCCACAGAUUGUGCAAGCAAAUUAUGAAGCACUUUUUUCCUCUGUGCAUUCUUCUAUAACCAGGAAGGGUUUGAAUCUCAGUUGUGGAUUGGCUAUUCUGCACGCCAGCAUUACUGCUGUCUUUGCAUUGAUGUGUGCAAGUGGGCUUUUUCUAUACACACACACACACACACACACUUUUCAGUGUCUAGAAUACUAACUAGGAUGUCUCAGCUGCCAUUUGGUUGCCCACUUGAAGGGAAAUUACAAUCCUGUUAGAAACCAGUCCUGUACAUACAUAGCAGGAGAAAGGAAAACAACCUGAGAUACUGGUAAAUAACAAUGACUGGUUGGCAAAUGGACAUCCAUGAGUUUAGCAUUAUCGUUGCAAACCCAGCAGGAAACUAUUGCAUAGCUCACUGAAGGUACCAAAUGCAAUGCCCACUUCAUGUAAGACUCAGAGGGUUGCUUACAAACUGAAAACCGAACAAAGUAUCCCAAAAUGAAUGUUCAUUUUGUGAAUUUAAGCCCUGGUCACCUGUGGCAAUUUCACAUGCCAUCUGUAGGUACAGUAUAGAGAAUACAUGAUGUGCUGUGUUUCCUGUUGUUUCACAGUGCUAUAACAGGUUAAUCUGCCUAGGACUUUUAAGUAGUGUAGGUAUCCUGAUGGUAAUACAGCAUUAAGCAUUGAAGUGGCAAAUAGCUGAUAGGAAUCAUAGAAAAUUUAUAACACACAAGAAAGCCGUUCAGCUCAUUGUCUGAGCCAAUAGGUUCUGUGGGGGGAAUCUCUUUUUCUGAACACCUCACUUUAAGCCUGUUCUGUCAAUACAGAGGAUGAACUUCUGAUUUGGGGUGGUGGGACUGACAAUGCUGCAAAUCCAUUUCUAUUCCACCUUUUGUAUGUGUCCUCCUUUCAUCCAGGUCAGAACAGUUACUGAAUGAUUAUCAUAUGGGAUUACUGCAUCACACUGUUCUGGUCCAAGAAAUACUGCUCUAAGGACAUGUGCAUUUGGCACCAGCACAGUGAAACUUUAAACCCAAUAAAUGCACUUUUGACAAAUAAGG